CAGCACACACACCUGCUGCAAAUGAAUUCUUCUGAAGGCACGCAGUAAGGGACUGGAGCAGAACCAGACAGUGACUGUGCUGCAGGCUCAGGAGUACCAUGCUGCCCCGCUGUGCACUCAGUGUGUGUCAUGUGUUUGUGUUGGUGCUGUGUCUGUCUUCGGCUGAGGACUUCGACUGGACAAAGAACAGCCACAGCUCCUUCUAUUAUGGCACUUUUCCAGCUGGAUUUUCGUGGGGUGCCGGCAGUUCAGCCUAUCAAACAGAAGGAGCCUGGGACAAAGAUGGAAAAGGACUGAGCAUCUGGGACGUGUUCAGUCAUAAGAAAGGCAAAAUCCAACAAAAUGACACCGGGGAUUCCUCCUGUGAGGGCUACCACAAAGUCAAGGAUGAUGUUUCUCUGAUGAAGGAGCUGAAGCUGAACCACUAUCGCUUCUCCAUUUCCUGGCCUAGACUCAUCCCCACUGGCAUAAAGUCUGACCAUAUAAAUGAAAAAGGAAUACAGUACUAUGAUGAGCUGAUUAACCAUCUGCUGGAGAGCAAGAUCACUCCGAUUGUUACCCUGUAUCACUGGGAUCUUCCACAGGUCUUACAAGAGAAAUAUGGUGGAUGGCAGAAUAUAAGCAUGGUCAAUCAUUUCAAUGAAUUUGCAAGCCUAUGCUUUGAAAAAUUUGGCAACCGAGUGAAGUACUGGAACACUUUCAACAAUCCAUGGUCUGUAGCAGUUGAAGGCUAUGAGACUGGUGAGCAUGCUCCUGGAGUGAGGCUGAGAGGAACAGGGGCAUACAGAGCUGCCCAUCACAUAAUCAAGGCACAUGCAAAAGUGUGGCACACUUAUGAUACACAAUGGAGGGGCAAACAAAAAGGUCUGGUUGGCAUCUCUCUGUCUGGGGAUUGGGGGGAGCCGGUGGAUAUCAGCAACCAGAAAGAUAUUGAAGCAGCUGAGAGAUACGUCCAGUUCUACCUGGGAUGGUUUGCCACACCCAUCUUUCAUGGAGACUACCCUCAAGUGAUGAAAGACUUCAUCGGGAGGAAGAGUAACCAACAAGGCCUCGGGACGUCCCGCCUGCCCACAUUUUCCCCCCAAGAGAAGAGCUACAUCAAGGGGACCUGUGACUUCCUCGGCCUCGGUCAUUUCACCACCCGCUACAUCACCCAAAAGAACAACCCAUCAGUUCGUAGUAGCAGCAGCUACUUCACUGACCGUGACCUGGCUGAGCUGGUUGACCCGCGCUGGCCUGACCCCGGGUCUGAGUGGCUCUACUCUGUGCCUUGGGGUUUCAGACGCCUGCUCAAUUUUGUCAAGUCUCAGUACGGAAACCCAAUGAUUUAUGUGACGGAGAAUGGAGUCUCUGAGAAGAUGUUAUGCACAGAGCUGUGUGACGACUGGAGGAUACAGUAUUAUAAAGACUACAUCAAUGAGAUGCUGAAAGCUAUCAAAGAUGGAGUCAAUGUGAAGGGCUACACCGCAUGGUCCCUGCUGGACAAGUUUGAGUGGGAUGAAGGGUACUCCGAGAGGUUUGGCUUGUACUAUGUGGACUUCAGGAACAAAAACAAGCCCCGCUAUCCCAAAGCUUCGGUCCAGUUUUACAAACGCGUCAUCAGCUCCAAUGGAUUUCCCAAUCAGAGAGAGGUGGAGAACUGGAGGAGGAAGGCGGUUGAGACCUGUUCCUCGAGCAACCAGCUCCUAGCUGCAGACCCUUUGACCAGCCACAUGGAGAUGGUAACUGAAAUUGUUGUUCCCACUGUUUGCACACUCUCUAUUUUGCUCAGUGCUGUCUUCCUUAUGUUCCUGCUGCGGAGGCGGAACUAG